AUGGAUUCCGUACGAAACCAAAAAGUGGCGGCCAACUUGUCCUUGGGUUGUGGCCGCGACAGUGGGGGGCUGCUCGAACUCCUCGAUACGUCUGGUUUCGUGGGUUUUGACAAGGGUAACGUGUCAUUCAUGGGGCAAUUGAGCGCGUUGGGGUACAGGAGCAAGUUUAUCUACUGUUUGCCCUCGGAUACUUUCCGUGGAAAGCUUGUAAUCGGGAACUACAAGCUCAGGAACGCCUCCAUUUCUUCAUCCAUGGCCUACACCCCCAUGAUCACAAACCCACAAGCGGCCGAGCUAUACUUCAUCAACUUAUCGACCAUUUCUAUCGACAAUAACAAGUUUCAAGUUCCAAUUCGGGGAUUUCUUUCCAAUGGAACCGGUGGAACAGUCAUUGACACCACCACCUUUUUGAGCUACUUGGCGUCGGAUUUCUACACUCAGCUGGUACAAGCAAUAAAAAACUACACCACCAAUCUGGUGGAAGUGUCAAACAGCACCGCAGACGGUCUUGGCGUGGAGCUUUGCUACAACAUCUCGGCAAACAGCGACUUUCCUCCACCGGCAACCCUCACUUACCACUUUUUGGGCGGUGCUGGAGUCGAAGUGCCAACAUGGUUUUUGCUUGAUGAUUCAGGCAACGUGAACAAUACCAUUUGCAUGGCAAUCGGGAAGUCUGAGAGUGUUGGACUGAACCUGAAUGUCAUAGGGACGUACCAGCAGCUCGACUUGACGGUGGAAUAUGACUUGGAGCAAAUGAGGUAUGGAUUUGGAGCUCAAGGUUGUAACACCACCAUGGUGGUGGAUGUCAAUACUUCCUCAGCAGUGUUUUCCAGGAAACCACUCUGGCUGAUGUUAGUUGCUCACAGUCUAAAAAGUGGUUUCCCAAGCAAACAAGUGCAAGCAUCUAAUAUUUAA